GCCCCUUUUCCCUUCCCCUUCCCCACCCGCUGGCUCCCCCCUUCUUACAGGGGACUGUCCCCGGAAGGCAUUGGAAGAGACUUUCCCCGCAGGUUACGAAGGGAACCAAACUUGGUGACUAGGGCUCACUCCCCACCGACUCAAGAUGCUCAGGGAUCCGGGACCCGGGCUGCUGCUGGCGGUCCUGUGCCUGGGGACAGCGGUGUCGUGCACCGGAGCCUCGAAGACCAAGAGGCAGGCUCAGCAAAUCGUGCAGCCCCAGUCUCCGGUGACUGUCAGUCAAAGCAAGCCUGGUUGUUAUGACAAUGGAAAACACUAUCAGAUAAACCAACAAUGGGAGCGGACAUACCUGGGCAAUGCUUUGGUUUGUACCUGCUAUGGAGGGAGCCGCGGUUUUAACUGUGAGAGUAAACCUGAACCUGAAGAGACUUGCUUUGACAAGUAUACUGGAAACACUUACCGAGUGGGUGACACUUAUGAACGCCCUAAAGAUUCCAUGAUCUGGGACUGUACUUGUAUCGGGGCUGGGCGAGGGAGAAUAAGCUGCACCAUUGCAAACCGCUGCCAUGAAGGGGGUCAGUCCUAUAAGAUUGGUGACACCUGGAGGAGACCACAUGAGACUGGUGGCUACAUGUUGGAGUGUGUGUGUCUUGGUAACGGCAAAGGAGAAUGGACCUGCAAGCCCAUAGCUGAGAAAUGUUUUGAUCAUGCUGCUGGGACAUCCUAUGUUGUCGGGGAAACCUGGGAAAAACCUUACCAAGGCUGGAUGAUGGUGGAUUGUACUUGUCUGGGAGAAGGCAGUGGACGCAUCACUUGUACCUCUAGAAACAGAUGCAAUGAUCAGGACACCAGGACAUCCUAUAGAAUCGGAGAUACCUGGAGCAAGAAGGAUAAUCGAGGCAACCUGCUCCAGUGCAUCUGUACAGGCAAUGGCAGAGGGGAGUGGAAGUGCGAAAGGCAUGCAUCUCUGCAGACUACAUCCGCUGGAUCUGGCUCGUUUACAGAUGUGCGAACAGCUAUCUACCAACCUCAGCCUCACCCCCAGCCUGCUCCGUAUGGCCACUGUGUCACAGACAGUGGUGUUGUCUACUCUGUGGGAAUGCAGUGGCUAAAGACACAAGGAAAUAAACAAAUGCUUUGCACUUGCCUGGGUAAUGGAGUCAGCUGCCAGGAGACAGCUGUGACCCAAACUUAUGGUGGCAAUUCAAAUGGGGAGCCAUGUGUCCUCCCAUUCACCUACAAUGGCAGGACCUUCUACUCCUGUACCACAGAAGGACGUCAGGAUGGACAUCUGUGGUGCAGUACGACUUCAAAUUAUGAGCAGGACCAGAAAUAUUCUUUCUGUACAGACCAUACUGUUUUGGUUCAGACUCGAGGUGGAAAUUCCAACGGUGCUUUGUGCCACUUCCCCUUCCUAUACAACAACCACAAUUACACCGACUGUACUUCGGAGGGCAGGAGGGACAACAUGAAAUGGUGUGGAACCACGCCGAACUAUGAUGCUGACCAGAAGUUUGGCUUCUGCCCCAUGGCUGCUCACGAGGAAAUCUGCACAACCAAUGAAGGAGUCAUGUAUCGUAUUGGAGACCAGUGGGAUAAACAGCAUGACAUGGGUCACAUGAUGAGGUGCACAUGUGUAGGGAACGGUCGUGGAGAAUGGACGUGUGUUGCCUACUCCCAACUCCGAGACCAGUGCAUCGUGGAUGACAUCACUUACAAUGUGAACGACACAUUCCACAAGCGUCACGAAGAGGGGCACAUGCUGAAUUGUACGUGCUUCGGUCAGGGCCGCGGCAGAUGGAAGUGUGACCCCGUUGACCAAUGCCAGGAUUCAGAAACCCGGACAUUUUAUCAAAUUGGAGACUCAUGGGAGAAAUAUGUGCAUGGUGUCAGAUACCAGUGCUACUGCUAUGGCCGUGGCAUUGGGGAGUGGCACUGCCAACCUUUACAGACCUAUCCCGGUACAACUGGUCCUGUCCAAGUAAUUAUUACUGAGACCCCCAGCCAGCCCAACUCUCACCCCAUCCAGUGGAAUGCACCAGAGCCCUCUCACAUCACUAAGUACAUUCUUAGGUGGAGACCUAAAAAUUCUGUGGGCCGUUGGAAGGAUGCUACUAUUCCAGGCCACUUAAACUCAUACACCAUCAAAGGCUUGACCCCAGGUGUGAUAUAUGAGGGGCAGCUCAUCAGUAUCCAGCAGUACGGCCAUAGAGAGGUGACACGCUUUGACUUCACCACCAGUGCCAGCACACCUGUGACCAGCAACACUGUGACAGGAGAGACAACACCCUUUUCUCCUGUUGUGGCCACUUCUGAAUCUGUGACUGAAAUCACCGCCAGCAGCUUUGUGGUCUCUUGGGUCUCAGCUUCUGACACUGUGUCAGGAUUCCGGGUGGAGUAUGAACUGAGUGAGGAGGGUGACGAACCUCAGUACCUUGAUCUUCCAAGCACAGCCACUUCUGUGAAUAUUCCUGACCUGCUUCCUGGCCGCAAAUACAUUGUCAAUGUCUAUCAGAUAUCUGAAGAAGGAAAGCAGAGUUUGAUCUUGUCUACUUCACAGACAACAGCACCUGAUGCUCCUCCCGACCCUACUGUGGACCAAGUUGAUGAUACUUCCAUUGUUGUUCGCUGGAGUCGACCCCAAGCACCCAUCACAGGGUACAGAAUAGUCUAUUCACCAUCAGUAGAAGGCAGUAGUACAGAACUCAACCUUCCGGAAACUGCCAACUCUGUCACCCUCAGUGAUUUGCAACCUGGGGUUCAAUAUAACAUCACUAUCUAUGCUGUGGAAGAAAACCAGGAAAGCACUCCUGUUUUCAUUCAACAAGAAACUACUGGAGUUCCACGUUCAGAUAAAGUCUCACCUCCCAGGGACCUGCAGUUUGUGGAAGUAACAGAUGUGAAGGUCACCAUUAUGUGGACACCUCCUGAUAGUGCAGUGACCGGCUACCGUGUGGAUGUGAUCCCUGUCAACCUGCCUGGGGAGCACGGGCAGAGACUGCCCAUCAGCAGAAAUACCUUUGCUGAAGUCACUGGGCUGUCCCCUGGGGUCACAUACUACUUUAAAGUCUUUGCCGUGAACCAUGGGAGAGAGAGCAAGCCUCUGACAGCACAGCAGACGACCAAACUGGAUGCUCCUACUAACCUCCAGUUUACCAAUGAAACUGACACAACUGUCAUGGUGACUUGGACUCCACCUCGGGCUCGGAUAACAGGGUACCGAUUGACUGUGGGCCCAACCCGAGGAGGCCAGCCCAAGCAGUACAAUGUGGGGCCCUCCGCCUCUAAGUACCCAGUACGGAAUCUGCAGCCUGCAUCUGAGUACACUGUAACUCUCGUAGCUGUGAAAGGCAACCAGCAGAGCCCCAUAGCCACUGGAGUCUUUACUACUUUGCCACCCACAAGCUCCAUUCCGCCUUAUAACACAGAGGUGACCGAAACCACCAUUGUGAUCACAUGGACGCCGGCUCCAAGGAUAGGUUUUAAGCUGGGUGUACGACCAAGCCAGGGAGGUGAAGCACCCCGAGAAGUGACUUCUGAAUCAGGAAGCAUCGUUGUGUCUGGCUUGACUCCAGGCGUGGAAUACACUUACACCAUCCAAGUCCUGAGAGAUGGGCAAGAGAGGGAUAUACCACCGAUUAUUAACAGAGUAGUGACACCAUUAUCUCCACCAACAAACUUGCACCUAGAGGCAAACCCUGACACUGGAGUGCUUACAGUCUCCUGGGAGAGAAGCACCACGCCAGAUAUUACUGGUUAUAGGAUUACCACAACACCUACAAAUGGGCAGCAAGGAAGUUCUUUGGAAGAAGUGGUUCAUGCCGAUCAGAGUUCCUGCACUUUUGAAAACCUGAAUCCUGGCCUGGAAUACAAUGUCAGUGUUUAUACUGUCAAAGAUGACAAGGAAAGUGUCCCUAUCUCUGAUACCAUCAUCCCAGAGGUGCCCCAACUCACUGACCUAAGCUUUGUUGAUAUAACCGAUUCAAGCAUCGGCCUGAGGUGGACCCCGCUAAACUCUUCCACCAUUAUUGGGUACCGCAUCACAGUAGUUGCGGCAGGAGAAGGGAUCCCUAUUUUUGAAGAUUUUGUGGACUCCUCAGUAGGAUACUACACAGUUACAGGGCUGGAGCCUGGCAUUGACUAUGACAUCAGCGUUAUCACUCUCAUUAAUGGCGGAGAGAGUGCCCCUACUACACUGACACAACAAACGGCUGUCCCUCCUCCUACUGACCUGCGAUUCACCAAUAUUGGUUCAGACACUAUGCGUGUCACCUGGGCCCCACCUCCAUCCAUUGAGCUGACCAACUUUCUUGUGCGCUACUCACCUGUGAAAAAUGAGGAAGAUGUGGCAGAAUUGUCAAUUUCUCCUUCAGACAAUGCAGUGGUCUUAACAAAUCUCCUGCCAGGGACUGAAUAUUUAGUCAGUGUCUCCAGUGUCUACGAGCAACACGAGAGCAUGCCUCUUAAAGGAAGACAGAAAACAGGUCUUGAUUCCCCAAGUGGCAUUGACUUUUCUGAUAUCACUGCCAACUCUUUCACUGUCCACUGGAUUGCUCCUCGAGCUGCCAUCACUGGCUAUAAGAUUCGCCAUCAUCCUGAGCAUGGCAGUGGAAGACCCCGAGAAGAUCGAGUGCCCCCAUCUCGGAAUUCCAUCACCCUCACCAACCUUAUUCCAGGCACAGAGUAUGUGAUUACCAUUGUUGCUCUUUAUGGCAGAGAAGAAAGUCAUCCAUUGGUUGGCCAACAAUCAACAGUUUCUGAUGUUCCAAGAGAUCUGGAAGUCAUUGCCUCGACCCCCACCAGCGUACUGAUCAGCUGGGAUGCUCCUGCUGUUACAGUGAGAUAUUACAGGAUCACUUAUGGCGAAACAGGAGGAAAUAGCCCUGUCCAAGAGUUCACUGUGCCUGGGAGCAAGUCUACAGCUACCAUCAGUGACCUGAAACCUGGAGCAGAUUAUACCAUCACUGUGUAUGCUGUCACUGGCCGUGGGGACAGCCCAGCCAGCAGCAAGCCAAUUUCCAUUGAUUAUCGAACAGAAAUUGACAAACCAUCCCAGAUGCAAGUGACAGAUGUUCAGGACAACAGCAUUAGUGUCAGGUGGCUACCUUCAAGUUCUCCUGUUACUGGUUACAGAGUGACCACCACUCCCAAAAAUGGCCCAGGACCAUCAAAAACUAAAACUGCAGGUCCAGAUCAAACAGAAAUGACUAUUGAAGGCUUACAACCCACAGUGGAGUAUGUGGUUAGUGUCUAUGCUCAGAAUCAAAAUGGAGAGAGCCAGCCCCUGGUUCAAACUGCAGUAACCAACAUUGAUCGCCCUAAAGGACUGGCAUUCACUGAUGUGGAUGUCGAUUCCAUCAAAAUUGCUUGGGAAAGCCCACAGGGGCAAGUUUCCAGGUACAGGGUGACCUACUCAAGCCCUGAGGAUGGAAUCCAUGAGCUAUUCCCUGCACCUGAUGGUGAAGAAGAAACUGCAGAGCUGCAAGGCCUCAGGCCGGGUUCUGAGUACACAGUCAGUGUGGUUGCCUUGCACGAUGAUAUGGAGAGCCAGCCCCUGAUUGGAACCCAGUCCACAGCCAUUCCUGCUCCAACCAACCUGAGAUUCACUCAGGUUACACCCACCAGCUUGAGUGCCCAGUGGACAGCACCCAACGUUCAACUCACUGGAUACCGAGUACGGGUGACCCCCAAGGAGAAGACUGGACCAAUGAAGGAAAUCAACCUUUCUCCUGACAGCUCAUCUGUGGUUGUGUCAGGGCUCAUGGUGGCAACAAAAUAUGAAGUGAGUGUCUAUGCUCUUAAGGACACACUGACAAGCAGACCAGCUCAGGGAGUUGUCACCACUCUGGAGAAUGUCAGCCCUCCAAGAAGAGCCCGUGUGACAGAUGCUACUGAGACUACCAUCACCAUUAGCUGGAGAACCAAGACCGAGACCAUCACUGGCUUCCAAGUUGAUGCUAUCCCAGCUACUGGCCAGACCCCAGUUCAGAGAACCAUCAGCCCAGAUGUCAGAAGCUACACCAUCACAGGUUUACAACCAGGCACUGACUACAAGAUCCACCUGUACACCCUCAAUGACAACUCCCGGAGCUCCCCUGUGGUCAUCGAUGCCUCCACUGCCAUUGAUGCACCAUCCAACCUGCGUUUCCUGACCACCACACCGAACUCCUUACUGGUAUCAUGGCAGCCACCUCGUGCCAGGAUUACUGGUUAUAUCAUCAAGUAUGAGAAGCCUGGGUCCCCUCCCAGAGAAGUGGUCCCUCGGCCCCGCCCUGGUGUCACAGAGGCCACCAUUACUGGCCUGGAACCGGGAACUGAGUACACCAUCUACAUCAUUGCCCUCAAGAACAACCAAAAGAGCGAGCCUCUGAUCGGAAGGAAAAAGACAGAUGAGCUUCCCCAACUGGUAACCCUUCCACACCCUAAUCUUCAUGGACCAGAGAUCUUGGAUGUUCCCUCCACAGUUCAAAAGACCCCUUUCAUCACCAACCCUGGGUAUGACACCGGCAAUGGUAUUCAGCUUCCUGGCACAUCCCAUCAGCAGCCCAGUGUUGGGCAACAAAUGAUCUUUGAGGAACAUGGUUUUAGGCGGACCACACCACCCACUGCGGCCACCCCUGUAAGGCACAGGCCAAGACCAUACCCACCGAAUGUAGAUGAGGAGAUCCAAAUUGGUCAUGUCCCCAGGGGAGACGUUGACCACCAUCUCUACCCUCACGUUCUGGGGCUCAAUCCAAAUGCCUCUACAGGACAAGAAGCUCUCUCUCAGACAACCAUCUCUUGGACCCCAUUCCAGGAAAGUUCUGAGUACAUCAUUUCAUGUCAACCUGUUGGCAUUGAUGAGGAACCCUUACAGUUCCGAGUUCCUGGAACUUCCACCAGUGCCACUCUGACAGGCCUGACCAGGGGGGCCACCUACAACAUCAUAGUGGAGGCUCUGAAAGACCAGAGAAGGCACAAAGUUCGGGAGGAGGUUGUUACUGUGGGAAACUCCGUCAAUGAUGGUUUGAACCAACCUACAGAUGACUCAUGCUUCGACCCCUACACGGUUUCCCAUUAUGCCAUUGGAGAGGAGUGGGAGCGAUUAUCUGAAUCUGGCUUUAAACUCACUUGCCAGUGCUUAGGCUUUGGCAGUGGUCAUUUCAGAUGUGAUUCAUCUAAAUGGUGCCACGACAAUGGUGUGAACUACAAGAUUGGAGAGAAGUGGGAUCGCCAGGGAGAAAAUGGUCAGAUGAUGAGCUGCACAUGUCUGGGGAAUGGAAAAGGAGAGUUCAAGUGUGAUCCUCAUGAGGCAACGUGUUAUGAUGAUGGGAAGACCUACCAUGUAGGUGAACAGUGGCAGAAGGAAUAUCUUGGUGCCAUUUGCUCUUGCACAUGCUUCGGAGGCCAGCGGGGCUGGCGCUGUGACAACUGCCGCAGACCUGGGGCUGAACCCAGUCCUGAAGGCUCCACUGGCCACUCCUACAGCCAGUACUCACAGAGAUACCAUCAGAGAACAAACACUAAUGUUAACUGCCCAAUUGAGUGCUUCAUGCCUUUAGAUGUGCAGGCUGACAGAGACGAUUCCAGAGAGUAAUAUUUGCAACACAAGGGAACAAGCAUUUCUCUCUGCCAAGGCCCAUCCAAACUGGAGUGAUGGUAGCAGAUCCCAUCUUUGAGUGUUUGUUUCUUUCUUAAGCCUUUUGCUCUGGAGUUAAGUUCUCCAGCUUCAGCUCAACUCACAGCUUCUCCAAGCAUCACCCUGGGAGUGUUUUGAGACUUUUCUCAUAAAUGAGGGCAGUGCAUUACCUGUUCUACUUCAGAAUAUUCAAUACCCCGCUCGGUGUUUUAAAAGAAAUGAUUCUCAGUAUGAUUUGGUUUGGAAUCAAUAGGGAAGUGUAUGCAGCCAACCAAGAUUCAAAAUGUAUCGAAUAAUACUACCAAAAAUUUUAAGUAGGAAAGUUACCCAAACACUCUGCUUUCAUUUAACUGUCUGGCCUGCAAUACUAUAGGAACAGCAUGUCCUGUUACUGUGAUAUUUAAAAUAGCCACAGUACUCUUCCAAAUGACUCUAACAAUUGCCUAGAAAUAUCUUUCUCUUACCUGUUAUUUAUCAAUUUUUCCCAGUAUUUUUAUAUGGAAAAAAUUGUACUGAAGACACUUAGUAUGCAGUUGAUAGAGGGAUUCGGUAUGGCUGGUGAUUAUUUUUUAUACUGUAUGUGCCAAAGCUUUACUACUGUGGAAAGAAACUGUUUUAAUAAAAGAUUUACAUUC